AUGGCGAGGUUCACUUUCAUAUUCAUCUUCCUUCUCAGCGUAAUAGGCAGUCGUGGUAUUGAUAUAGAGAGAGCAGAGUUCCUGUCCGGAAUAGCCGUGGGGAGAUGGAAUCCUGACCUAGACGUUAACCCCGAAGAGCUGGGAAUCUACCAAGAGGGUGACCUCAGGAACGACCCUCGGAUCCUGCUUGACAACCGGAAUGUCAUCGCUAACCCGGAGCUCGCCUGGCCGGACGCACGGGUGCCGUACGAAAUACAUCCUGAUUUCUCAAAAAAAGAGCGGAGGAUUAUUCUGCAGGCUAUGUACGUCAUCACAUCUCAUACCUGCGUGAAGUUUGUUAAGCGAACAACAGAGGAAGGAUACCUUUCCAUUGGCAGAAAUGCGACAGGUUGCUGGAGCCACAUAGGAUAUCUUGGAGGACGCCAAUGGCUAAAUUACCAAGAUCGCUGUCUGUGGAGAUUUGGCACUGUGGUUCAUGAACUGUUCCACACUUUAGGCCUCUUUCAUGAACAAAGUAGGCCUGAUCGGGAUAACUUUGUUAAAGUCAAAUGGGACAACAUUAAGUCAGGUUAUCAUCAUAACUUCCUCCGGCUUGGAAACAAAAGGGCAACAACUCUCGGGGUUGAUUAUAACUAUGCCUCCGUGAUGCACUACUCGCCAAAAGCCUUCUCUAAAGAUAAGAAAAAGUUAACCAUUGUCCCAAAAAUGGUAAAUCAUAAAUAAUACAUAGUUUAUAAAUAAUCUAUGGAAAAAAAAAAAAAAUACAUGCAAAAUUAUGUGGUCAUAGAAAUGUACUUUUAAUAACUUGACAUUCUUAACCCUUUCUUUUAUAUUCUACAAGAACUACAAUAAAAACAUCAAGCUGAUGGGCCAGCGAAAAGGACCUGCCCUCUCAGACCUGGAGAAAAUAAACAAACUUUACAAAUGCAAAGAAACUGAAGAUGAGGAUUAGGGUGUUCACCCAAAGUGAAGACUCU